AUGACGAACAAGGUGUCUUCUGCGAUUCUGGUCACUGCCGCUUCUGCCGCUUCUGCAGUGUCCAUUGCCGAGAUCAACGGAAACACGUUCCUCUCGCCGCUGAGGGACCAGAAUGUCACGGGUGUGCGCGGCCUGGUGACGGCCAUCAACAAGAGCGGCCUCUUCCUGCGGUCCACGGAGCCGGACAACGACCCGGCCACCUCGGAGGGCCUGUUCGUCUACGGGUCCAGGGUGGCCGGCCAGGUCGCCGUCGGGGACGUCAUCACCCUCGACGGCACCGUGGACGAGUACAGGAGCGGCGACGGCUACGUCUACCUCACCGAGCUGGGGUCCCCCGCCAACGUCGUCGUCGCCUCCUCGGGCAGCGAGGUGGUGCCGCUCGUCGUCGGCGUCGACACCGCGCCGCCCCCCACCGAGAGCUUCUCCCGACUCGACGAGGGCGGCGUCUUCGGCCUGCCCAACGCCGUCAACCUCAUCUCCGAGGUCAACCCGGUGCUCGACCCGGCCAGGUACGGCAUGGACUUCUGGGAGAGCCUCGUCGGCGAGCUCGUCACCGUCAGGGACGCCUACCAGGUCAGCAGACCCGAUCAGUACGGCGACGUCUGGAUCCGCGGCGACUGGAAGGUCACCGGCCUCAAUGCCCACGGGGGCGUGACCAUGCUCGAAGGGGAUGCCAACCCCGAGACCAUCGUGGUCGGAACACCGCUCGACGGCUCCUCCAACCCGGACGACACCAGGAUGGGCGACUACCUCGGCGACGUGACGGGCGUGGUGACGUACGCCUACGGCUUCUACCGCAUCCUCCCGCGGACGGCCCUGUCCCCGAUCAGGAACGCGACGAGCUCCCACCCGGCCGCCGGCUUCGAGAGCACCCGGUCGUGCGGCGGCAUCACCGUGUCCAACUACAACGCGCGCAACCUGGCGCCGGACUCGGCCCUCCUGCCCAGCAUCGCCUCGCAGAUCGUCGACGAGAUGCUCUCCCCGGACAUCAUCUUCCUCCAGGAGAUACUCGACAACUCGGGCGAGACGGACGACGGCGUCACCGACGGCAACGCCACCCUCGCCGCCCUCGUCUCCGCCAUCGCGGCCGCCUCGGACGGCGGCGUCGUCUACGACUCCGUCGAGAUCCCCCCCCUCGACAAGACCGACGGCGGCGUCCCGGGAGGCAACAUCCGCGUCGCGUACCUCUACCGCCCGGACGUCGUGGAGCUGUACGGGCCCAACCUCGGCGGCGCGCUCGACGGCAACGAGGUCCUCGACGGCCCCGUCCUCAGCUUCAACCCCGGCCGCAUCGACCCCUCCAACGCCGCGUGGGACGACAGCCGAAAGCCCCUCGCUGCCCAGUGGAGGGCCGUCGACGGAGGGACGGACGGCGCGUCGAAGCCCUUCUUCACCGUCAACGUCCACUUUGGCAGCAAAGGUGGCUCGACUUCCAUCCACGGCGAUGCCCGCCCUCCCGUCAACCAAGGUGUCGAUAUUCGUCAGAAUCAGGCUGAGAUUACAGCUACCUUCAUCGCCCAGAUCCUCGAAAAGGACCCCUCCGCCGCCAUCAUCGCAGCCGGCGACUUCAACGAGUUCGCCCAGGUCCAGCCCCUGCACGUCUUCCGCAACGUCUCGGGCCUCCUGGACCUCGACGACGUGACGGACAUGCCGCCCACCGAGCGCUACACCUACCUCUUCGACAUGAACAGCCAGGCUCUCGAUCACAUGUACGUCAGUCCUGCUCUGGCCGGCGAGGAGGCGUCACGUCCGCUGUACGAGCACCUCCAUCUCAAUACCUGGCAGAACUAUGAUGAUCAGAAAAGUCACCUGCAAAUUCCACAUUAG